GGCGGUAGAGGUGGCGGCGGCGGCGGUGGCGGGGGCUGGUGGUGCAGGUCUCGUGUGCCAGAAACGAAUCUUCACAUCCCGACCUCUCGCGGCGGCCACCACCACCACCACCAGCGCCGCCUCCUUCAGCUGCUCUCCUGCCCUCCGCAUGUCCUACGUAGCAUGCCCUUGAGCUCCUACUCCUCCUCCUCUUCCUCCUUCUUCUCCUCCUCCUAUACAUCCUCCUUCGCAUCCUUUCCAUUCUCCUCCAUCAUCAGCUUUGCCACUUCUUCGCUUCCGCCAUCACAGAAAUACUAAAAUACGACGAAUCCGAGCAAGUGAAAAAUAAACAAGGAAAACAAAAAGGUGAACUAGAAAACAAAAAAACAAAACCCCGGUGCUCUCUACGGAAAACGGAAGUGAGUGUGUAGUGAAAAUACAUCAGAAAGAAAACAAAAAACUUAGAGAGUGUGCGAGGAAACAGUUGGUUAUUCCCGUUUAUUUUGGUGUUCUGAAGGGGACGGACUGGCUGUGAGUGCUCUGCUGUGGACGGACGGAGCAACGAGCAACGCCGGGAGAGAGGACGAAAGAAGAGCCCUCGCUGCUUCUUCAGGGGAUGUGACCAGCUACUGCCCGCCAUGUCUUCCUUCUGGAGUAACGUGACGGGCCGCGGCUCGGGGGACAAGCCGCCCUCGGGCAGAUCUCGGUCCGUGUCCCAUAGCAAGGACGGCGAGCCCUCAACAGGACGACCUGCGACUCGAGAACGACCUCAAGACGACACGCGCGAAAAUGAUGAUCCCGAGAAGCAAGGCGACGGGUGCCUCAACAUGUCCCGCCUGGCCGGGCAAAUGUUGGGGCGCAGCGGCGGCCGCGGCGUCCUGAGGGUGGGCCUCCUGCCAGCCUUCAGCCGCGCUGGUAAGACCGGCUCCCUGCCGCAUCAAAAACGCCAGGCAUCCGCCGAGCCUCCGGGCUUGUCCACGCCCACGCCGCCACCCACGCCCACCGAGGAGCACCACCCGCCCGUGCCGGACUCUCCCAAACCCAAGGUGAAGGGCGUGGGCCGGAAGCGUGCCGCCUCUGCCUCUCCCACACGUGACAAACGACGGUCCUUCAGAGGCAUUUCCCGUGACCGCCUGCCGCCCCUCCCGCACCUCCCGCACCUCCCGCACCUUCCGUCACUCCCACCACAGAUACGAAACUUCUUGCACCUAGGCGGCGGGGAGGGCGGCGGCGGCCCCCCUGAGGUGCCCAGCCCCAACAAGCCCAGCAGGAGGCCCGGGCCGGUGGGGCGCACCUGGGUGAAAGUGUACGAUGACAUCACCUUCAUGGACGAGCAGAAGGAGGAAGAGGAGAUGUACCCCAUGCUGGGCUACACCGGACGACCCAUCAAAGUGCCCGACGCCUGCCCUCUUCCCACCCCGCCCACGCCUCCCCCGCCCAGGGCUCAGCCCCGCCGGCCUUCCACUGUCAGUGAAUAUGACAAUCUUCCCAAAGAAGAGCCCGCUCCUGAGCCUGUGCCCGAGCCCGAGCUGGUGGCCCGCCGCAGCCCCAGCCCAGAACCCUUGGCUGACGCCUCGGAGCCUCUUCCUUCAGCGCCUCCAGAAGAACCCAAGGAGUCUGUUGGACAAGGACGCGGACGAGACAGAUUCCGAGGAAAAAGGCAAAAACGGACAGGCACGCCUGUGGCGAUGGGCCGCGGGGAGCACGUGGAGGAGCAGAGCGAGGAGCUGGACGCUGCCAGGCUGGCGGCACUGGAGGCUGCAAUCGUCGUGACGCCGCAGGAGGAAGACUACAUCAUUCCCCAAGCUCUACAGCCACCGAGGCCUUCAAGGAGACCAAAGACUUACGAUAUCCUUCAGGGUCCCUUCACCAAUGAGACUCCUCUCGAGCAAGUAAGUCGCGAGGAGCCGCUCAAGCCGCGUCGCGGAGUGAAAGUUUACGACGAGUUGAUCUUCCGCCGCCAGCACCAGCUCGGGGCCAGCGACAACACCCUUCCUCGGGCCCCUGGGGAAGAGGCCGUUAAAGAACAGGAGGUCUUGUCGCAGCAAGUGACUUUGCCGGAACAAGCAGCGGCCCUCCAGCAGGAAGCCGCGCCGGAACAAGAGAGUGUACAGCAGCAGGAAGCUGUAGCACCACAGGAGGCUGUCCCGCAGCAGGAGGCGGUUGCCUCUCACCUAGAAACGGAGGUGAAACGAGAGACAACUGGCAGUGAGGAGGCGGCAGCCGUGACGGAAACUCUGAAACACGAUGGAGAACCGCCUCGCCCUCGUCGAGGUCUGAAAAUAUACGAGUCUGUGGACAUGCGGCGCCGAUCACCGGCACGACACGCCCCGCUGCCCGAGGCGGAGGUGAAGGUGUCAGAAACCAUCCGUCAGGACGACACCAAGGGCGGGCAGGAGACCGUGGCCGAGGAGCCGCAGCGCCCCUCGCGCGGCCAUAAGAUUUACGCGUCGGUGGAGAUUCAUCCCCAGCGGGAGGGCGGCCAGGCCGUGGUGGCCGAGGUAACACAGAAAGACGGCAUGCUGCCCUCCACCACGCCCCAGGCAGACAGCAGCGAGGCUCCUGGCGUCUCCACGGGAGAGGGCAAAACUGGCUCUGAAGGGAUGGGUCAGGAGCAGCAGCAGCAGGAACAACAAGAUAAGGAAAAGCAGGAGCAACAGCAGCAGGAACAACAACAACAACAACAACAACAACAACAGCCUGUAAAAGCUGCCCAAGACCCAGAGAAGGUGCCAACAGUGCCUCAAACUGCACUGAAAUUCCAGGAGGGAAAGACACUGUUCGAAACGACAGUGAAAAUUGGCGACGAACAGCAGCAGCCUCAGCAGGAUGACCAACAACAACAACAACAACCGGAGCAGCAGCAGCAACCGUCAGAGGAGGCGGUGCCCCCGUAUGCUCGCGUGCUGAAGGGCUCCGGCACGCGAGAGCUGCGGCCGCUGGUCACCUCUGACGACGACGAGCCGCCGCCGCCCAUCCCUCCUAAGAAGAAGGGUCUGAGGACCAUCUCGCCACAGCUCGAGGAAUUGUUCCCCCCGCGGCCUCCUCGCCACCUCAAGCCGCGAGUCACCACGUCAGUUCUCAUGGUGAACGGUGAGGUCAUGCCCGAGCGGCCUGCCCGCGGCAGUAAGAUAUACGAAACUAUAAAGGAGACCGCUCCAAUGACACCUAAACGAUACCCCAAGGUGGUGCGCAUCGAGGACGUGGAGAUCAUCGCCGACGGGCCCCCAGCGAAGCCCCUGCGCCACUCCCUCCACCCGCCCCGCAGACGAAGGAAGAAGCGUGGCGAACAAGACAGCAACGAACAGCAAGUCGUGACGCCCGCCCGCACCGGGGAGGCUCAGAAGGCCGCCCAAGUAACGCCCGCGAGUGACCAGCAGGACAACUACGAGAACAUCAUCAUGAGCGGCGGCUGCCCACGACCUGUCGCACGCAAUCGCUCCCGCCCCCUCCCUCCUCCCCCGCCCCCACCCAAGAAGGGCAAAAUACAGCAACGCUACAGAAAGCAGCAGCAGAGCGGCCAGACGCUCGUGAAUGAGCAGAACGGAAUUGAAGCAACAGUGGUGAGUGGCGAGGUUGGCAGCCCUGAGGGGGCGGGCCCGAGUGGCCCGACCCCUACUGAACACCACCCCGCUAGUCAUCCCUCGGCGCCGGGAAGGGUAGGAUCUAAGCGCCGCGGUGCCGCUAGACUUGAAAACGAUAUUAACGAAAACUUGAAAACAAUCGAGUCGUCCUUCGCUACUCUGGACACCGUGUUAAAAUCCCUGCAAACGUACUCUCGAUCGUCUCCUCCUCGGACAGUGGUGAAAGGUCUGAGCGAGGAGCAAAGUGCGAAUAUAAUAGUUGAACAGCCCGUCCCCGCCCCCACAGCACCACCUGCCUCGCCAGCAGGGCUAACAGCGUCACCCACGGUAGCUUCGAGGGGGGAGACACUGACAGCAUCCGACACAAGCCGUGGCGUUAGUGUUUUCUCCUCAGCAGUGACACCCGAGCCGUCCGGAGCUGCCCCAGUGAAACCUGACGCGGCCGGAGCAGUAAACAAGGAAACGGUGCUCGCCGCGAGUAAGCCAAGUGGUGCGGACAACCCCAGAUUAUUGCCGCAGGAAGGAGCGAGUCAGGCAAGUGAUCAGAGUCAGUUUAAGUCAGGCGAUGUGCCUCAGGAGAUUUCCAGGUUCGAGCAGGCGAUAAGUGACACGAGUGAUAUUGAUGUUUGUCUAGAAGGUGAAGCAGAGAUUGGGGAGCAGCAGGGUAUUGCCGUGAGGUUUGACGUGAAAGGCGUCACCAUAACACCAGUGAAGGACGAGAAAGACAGGAUUGGAGAGAGUGAAGCGGAACGUAAAUCGGCGAACCCUAAACCCGCUACUAACGAGUCAAUUAAAGACCCAGAAAAAGUGCAAACAGUGCCUCAGACGGCGGUGAAGUUCCAGGAGGGGAAAACAGUGUUCGAGACAGCGGUGAAGAUUGGAGAAAACCCAGGCGCGGCACAACACGCGCCUGUCAAGAGUGACACGGAGACUGACGUGCGUGAAUCAGAAACGUUGCGUGACGUCACUGCGCCUCGGCAGCCUGACAACCCCAAACAAACAGAAGGAGCCGUGCAGGACCCGGAGAAGGUGCCAACGGUGCCUCAGACUGCACUGAAAUUCCAGGAGGGGAAGAUACUGUUCGAGACUACAGUAAAAGUCGGCGACGAGCAGCCUGUUGCCACUAAGGAACAACCCAGGAGGAGUGACAACCCGGACCACCACACUGAACAGCCUGACAGCACUAAACAGCAGCCUGGCAACCCUCAACAGCCCGAAAAAGCUGUUCAAGACCCAGAGAAGGUGCCAACAGUGCCACAGACUUCACUGAAACUCGAAGAGGGGAAGACACUGUUCGAGACAACAGUGAAAGUCGGCGACGAGCAGCCUGCUGUCACUGCUCCGUCAGCGCAGCAGCUCAAGGCCGGUCCAAAUCCUGGCCACAACCCCGCAGAGAAGCCUGAAAAUCCCUCCCAGCCUCCACAGCAGCCUGACAACCCUAAACAGCCUGAAAAAGCCGUGCAGGACCCAGAGAAGGUGCCAACAGUGCCACAGACUGCACUGAAAUUCCAAGAAGGAAAGACUCUGUUCGAAACGACGGUGAAGGUUGGCGACGAGCAGCCCGAAGUCCCUCAGCAACCAGCGGUGACUAAACAGCCUUUUGAGCAGCCUGAGAGCACUGAACAGCCUCCAAGAGAACCUAAAGAAGCCGUCAAGGACCCAGAGAAGGUGCAAGUCGUGCCCCAGACAUCACUAAAAUUUGAAGAGGGCAAGACUCUGUUUGAGACAACCGUGAAAGUUCGAGAGGACGAUUCAGCACAGCAGCCAAAGAGCACUGAGGAGGCUACGAAGACCCCUGAAGGCUCUGAGAAACCUCCAACAGAGCCCAAAGAAUCGGUGGUCGACCCCGUCAAGGUGCCAACCGUCCCUCAAACGUUAGUGAAAUUCCAGGAAGGAAAAACUUUGUUCGAGACUGCAGUGAAGAUUGGAGACGACCAACCCGGGAGUCUUGAACAGCCAGCAGACAGCACUGCACCCCCUUCACAGCAGCAGCCAGAGCACCCCCCGAAGCCUGCAGGAGAACCAAAGGAGGCACCAAAAGAUCCUGAGAAGGUGCCGACAGUGCCUCAAACGUCACUGAAAUUCGAAGAGGGCAAGACGCUGUUCGAAACAACAGUGAAAGUCGGCGACGAUCAGACUGAGAGCCCUCAACAGCUUCCGAAGACUGAGAGCACUCGGCAGCCUGUGGAGCAGGCCUUUCAACAGCCUGAGAGUGUUCAACAACCUCCUCAACAACCAGAAAGCCUUCAGCAGCUCGCAGAACAAGCUGAGGGUUCUGAAAAGCCCCCGAGAGAGCCUAAGGAGGACAUCAAGGACCCAGAGAAGGUGCCAACAGUGCCCCAGACUUCCCUCAAAUUUGAAGAGGGGAAAACACUGUUUGAAACGACAGUGAAAGUCGGCGACGAUCAGCCCGAGAGCCCUCAGCAGUCAGCAGUCCCUGAGGGUGUUCAGCAGCCCGUGAGCACCGAGCAGCCCUCAAGAGAACCCAAAGAGUCUGUCAAAGACCCAGAAAAGGUGCCCACGGUGCCGCAGACAUCGCUCAAAUUCCAGGAAGGCAAAACUUUGUUCGAGACAGCAGUGAAGAUUGGCGACGACGAGGGCACUGCAGGACCCACAGCUGCCGGAAGUGACUUGAAGACUGAGCUCACGGAGACUCAACAGCCUGACAGCUCUCAACAGACCAGCCGUCAGUCAGGAGAGACUGAAAUCUCUGCGGAGCAGCCGCUGUGCAACAAGCAGCCUGAGCGGCCUGCCCAGGACCCCGAGGUGGUACCAACGGUGCCUCAGACUUCCCUAAAAUUCCAGGAGGGAAAAACACUGUUCGAGACAUCAGUGAAAGUUGGCGACGAACAGCCUGUACAGCAGCCUGAGAGUUCGCAAAAGCCUGCACAGCAGCUUGAGCACACUGAACAGCCUGUAGAGAAGUCUGAAGGCACUCAGCGACCCCCGAAGGUGCCCAAGGAGACCAUUAAAGACCCAGAAAAGGUACCCACAGUACCGCUAACGUCAUUUAAGUUCCAAGAAGGGAAAACAUUGUUCGAGACAGCAGUCAAGAUCGGAGACGAGCAGCCUGCCAGCCCCGCACAGCCUCCGCAGCAGGCUGUGGACAACAAGGUGCCGCCACAGCAAGUUGAAACCUCUCAACAGCCAGCUCAACAGACGGAGACGCAACAGCCUCCUGUGAGUCCCCAGGAGCCUGAAAAGGUUCCAGUAGUUCCACAAACUGCACUGAAAUUCCAAGAGGGCAAAACACUUUUCGAAACGACAGUAAAAGUUGGCGACGACCAAGCAGCUGCCCAAACAGAGGUGAGUAGUGAAGCUGUACAGUCGGAGACACAGGCCGAGAAGACCAAGGCCGCGGCUGCCCGGUCAGGAGGCGCCCCUCCCACUCCCGCCAAGGGGAAGACCGUGUACGAGACACUCUUUCAGAUCGACGCCAUCAAACGGUCCAAGCCGACGGAGGCCGCCACGAAGAGUGAGGCCGCGAGUGACCAGCGGAAGCAGGAGGGCUCGGCGGAAAUUAGUGGCGGUGCUGCAGGAGAAGUAGGACACCCCGGGCGUGCGGGCGGCGGCGAGCAGCCAGCCAGCACGGAGCUGCAGGAGGGCGUGGCGGACUUGGCCUCACGCCUUCAAGGUAUUCGUUCUACCCUUGAGAGUGCCAUCUGUAAUAUUUCCCCCGCACUCACCCCCGCCCCUGUGCCGGCCUCUGCCUCACCCACCCUUAACACUACUGCCCAAGCUGCCGCCACGCCCGCCGAGGAGCGCCCUCCGAGCCCCGCCAGCAGCUGCCGCCACCCCUCUAAACCUGAAUGAGGAGAUCCUGAGUGACCUGGAAGUACGCAUCGCAGACUGGGACAAACGGAGGAAGAUUUCUGACGUCAUCGUGCGCAAGGGGCCCUUCCUCAAGCUCUAUUCGGCCUACAUACGCGAGUUCCAAUGCCAGAGUGACC